ACUGCACUGCCUAUGAGAAGGAGCUUUGUGCCGAAACUAAAAACCUCACCUAAACCUGACUCAUGCACUAAAACAUCUCAUUCAUGAGAGGCCAGUAGAGGACUGUGUGUACAACAACAACGCUGAAGAGAAUGGAGUUCCCACAGCACCAGAAACCAGCGGACGGUAAAAUCACUUAUCCGCCGGGGGUGAAGGAGAUCACGGACAAGAUCAGCAACGAUGAGGUGGUCAAACGUUUAAAGAUGGUGGUGAAGACCUUCAUGGACAUGGACCAGGACUCGGAGGAUGAGAAGCAGCAGUACCUGGCGCUGGCGCUGCACCUGGCCUCCGAGUUCUUCCUGCGGAACCCCAACAAGGACGUGCGGCUGCUGGUGGCCUGCUGCCUGGCCGACAUCUUCCGCAUCUACGCCCCCGAGGCGCCCUACACCUCCCACGACAAGCUGAAGGACAUUUUCUUAUUCAUCACCAGGCAGCUGAAGGGUCUUGAGGACACCAAGAGCCCUCAGUUUAACAGAUACUUCUACCUGCUGGAGAACCUGGCCUGGGUGAAGUCCUAUAACAUCUGCUUUGAGCUGGAGGACUGCAAUGAGAUCUUUAUCCAGCUCUUUAAGACCCUCUUCUCUGUCAUCAAUAACAGCCACAACCAGAAGGUGCAGAUGCACAUGCUGGACCUGAUGAGCUCCAUCAUCACAGAAGGAGACGGAGUGACACAGGAGCUGCUGGACUCCAUCCUCAUCAACCUCAUCCCCGCCCACAAGAACUUGAAUAAGCAGGCUUAUGACCUUGCUAAGAUUCUUCUGAAGAGAACGGUUCAAACCAUUGAGACUUGCAUCGCCAAUUUUUUCAACCAGGUGCUGGUGUUGGGCAAGUCGUCGGUGAGCGACCUGUCAGAGCACGUCUUUGACCUCAUCCAGGAGCUGUUCGCCAUCGACCCCCUGCUGCUGCUGUCAGUCAUGCCCCAGCUGGAGUUUAAGCUCAAGAGCAAUGACGGUGAGGAGCGCCUGGCGGUGGUGCGGCUGCUGGCCAAGCUGUUUGGAGCCAAGGCCUCAGAGCUGGCCAGCCACAACCGGCCGCUCUGGCAGUGCUUCCUGGGAAGGUUCAAUGACAUCCACGUGCCAGUCAGGCUGGAGUGUGUGAAGUUUGCCAGUCACUGCCUGAUGAACCAUCCUGACCUGGCCAAAGACCUCACAGAGUACCUCAAGGUGCGGUCCCAUGACCCAGAGGAGGCCAUUCGUCAUGACGUCAUCGUCACCAUCAUAAACGCUGGGAAGAAGGACUUGAAUCUGGUGAACGACCAGCUGCUGGGCUUCGUCAGGGAAAGGACCUUGGACAAGAGGUGGCGUGUUCGGAAGGAGGCCAUGAUGGGCCUGGCCCAGCUGUAUAAGAAGUACUGUCUGCACCACGAGGCCGGCAAGGAGUCAGCCCAGAAGAUCAGCUGGAUCAAGGACAAGCUGCUCCACAUCUAUUACCAGAACAGCAUCGAUGACAAGCUGCUGGUGGAGAAGAUCUUUGCGCAGUAUAUGGUGCCUCACAACCUGGAAACCGAGGAGAAGAUGAAGUGUCUGUACUACCUGUACGCCUGCCUGGACCCCAACGCCAUCAAAGCUCUGAACGAGAUGUGGAAGUGUCAGAACAUGCUGAGGAGUCUGGUCCGAGAGCUGCUGGACCUGCACAAGGUGCCCGUGUCGGAAGCCAACAGCACAGCCAUGUUUGGGAAGCUGAUGACCAUAGCCAAGAAUCUUCCAGACCAGGGCAAGGCGCAGGACUUCAUGAAGAAGUUCAACCAGGUGCUGGGAGAGGACGAGAAGCUGCGUGCCCAGCUGGAGCAGCUCAUCAGCCCCACGUGCUCCUGCAAGCAGGCCGAGGUCUGCGUGAGAGAAAUCACCCGCAAGCUGACCUUCCCCAAGCAGCCCACCAACCCCUUCCUGGAGAUGGUGAAGUUCCUGCUGGAGCGUAUUGCACCUGUACACAUCGACUCCGAGGCCAUCAGUGCGCUGGUGAAGCUGUUGAACAAAUCAAUAGAGGGCACAGCGGACGAUGAGGACGAAGGAGUGACGCGGGACAAUGCCAUUCGCUAUGGACUGGAGCUGCUCAAGGUGCUGUCGUUCACCCACCCCACCUCCUUCCACUCGGCCGAGACCUACGAGUCCCUGCUGCAGUGUCUCAAGAUGGAGGACGACAAGGUGGCCGAGGCUGCCAUCCAGAUCUUCAGGAACACCGGCCACAAGAUCGAGACGGAGCUGCCGCAGAUCCGAUCGACGCUGAUCCCCAUCCUGCAUCAGAAGGCCAAGAGAGGCACCCCGCACCAGGCCAAGCAGGCCGUGCACUGCAUCCACGCCAUCUUCCACAACAAGGAGGUGCAGCUGGCGCAGAUCUUCGAGCCCCUGUCCCGCAGCCUGAACGCCGACGUCCCCGAGCAGCUCAUCACCCCGCUGGUGUCGCUGGGCCACAUCUCCAUGCUGGCGCCCGACCAGUUCGCCUCGCCCAUGAAGUCCAUCGUGGCCAACUUCAUCGUGAAGGACCUGCUGAUGAACGACAGGUCUGUAGGCAACAAGAACGGGAAGCUGUGGACCUGUGACGAGGAGGUGUCCCCCGAGGUGCUGGCGAAGGUCCAGGCCAUUAAGCUGCUGGUGCGCUGGUUACUGGGCAUGAAGAACAACCAGUCCAAGUCUGCCAACUCCACGCUGCGCCUCCUGUCGGCCAUGCUGGUCAGCGAGGGGGACCUGACGGAGCAGAAGAAGAUCAGUAAAUCAGACAUGUCCCGCCUGAGGCUGGCGGCCGGCAGCGCCAUCAUGAAGCUGGCGCAGGAGCCCUGUUACCACGACAUCAUCACGCCCGAGCAGUUCCAGCUCUGCGCCCUGGUCAUCAACGACGAGUGCUACCAGGUGCGGCAGAACUUUGCGCUGAAGCUGCACCUGGCGCUGGUGAAGCUGCUGCUGCCGCUGGAGUACCUGGCCGUGUUCGCCCUGUGCGCCAAGGACCCGGUGAAGGAGCGGCGUGCCCACGCCCGCCAGUGCCUGCUCAAGAACAUCAGCGUGCGGCGCGAGUACAUCAAGCAGAACCCCAUGGCCCACGAGAAGCUGCUGUCCCUCCUGCCGGAGUACGUGGUCCCCUACAUGAUUCACCUGCUGGCGCACGACCCAGACUUCACCAAGCCGCAGGACUGCGAGCAGCUGCGUGACAUCAAAGAGUGCCUGUGGUUCAUGCUGGAAGUGCUGAUGACCAAGAACGAGAACAACAGCCACGCCUUCCUGAGGAAGAUGGUGGAGAACAUCAAGCAGACGAAGGACGCGCAGGCGCCCGACGACCCCAAAGCCAACGAGAAGCUGUACACCGUCUGUGACGUGGCGCUGUUCGUGAUCGUCAACAAGAGCACAGCCUGUCACCUGGAGUCCCCCAAAGAUCCCGUGCUGCCCACUAAAUUCUUCACUCCUCCGGAUAAGGACUUUGUAAAUGAUAAGGAGUACUUGUCAUCAGAAGCCAGGACAGUGCUGCUGACGGGAAAGCCCAAGCCCACUGCAGUGCUGGGGGCGGUGAACAAGCCCCUCUCUGUGGCAGGCAGGAGGCCCUACACCAAGGCCCCAGGCUCGGAGACGGGCAGCAACGUCAGCGGGAACUCCGAGCCCAGCUCCCCCGCAGGGAACAGAGGGAGGGAUGUGAGCAUGGAGUCGUCGGGCACAGGAGCGAGUGAAAACGAGGAGAACCCAGUCAUGGGGAAGAAGGAGGUGAACUCGGAGGCGGGGCAGGGCGGGGUGAGGAAGCGGGGGGCGGGUGCGGCCUCCGCUGCUGACAGCGAGAACGGCGGGGCCUCGGAGGGCACGACGGCGACGCCCCCGGUCCCGAACAAGCCCCGGCGAGGGCGGCCCCCCAAGUCUCUGUCCGCUGGCGCGGGCGGGGCCGGCAGCGCAGAAAAGGAAGGGGGAGGAGCCGGGCGGGGCAGGAAGAGGGCGGCACCAGCCCAGGACAGCACCAGCACCCCCUUGGUGGAGCCAAUCACCAUAAAGAUACCAAAACAGCAGAAGGACUCCGAGACCAAGAGGGCGGCGCCACAAAGGCAGAUGGACCUACAGAGGUAAAAAGAAGAUGUCGGCAGAGAGCCAGACGGUAGAGGGCUGUGUGCCUGUUCCAGGACUCCUUUCCAGAUGCACCACAGCGCCUCCCUCAGGCUGCAGAGCGCUUCUGAUCCCCCAGAUGGACACAAACACAUUCACCAGAGCUCCCGCGGAGCCAGCCUUCUCAGCGGGAAAAAAACAACAGCAAAGCGCAAAGGGAAAAACUUUUGGAAGCAGUUCCAGACCAGUUUGUCUAAAUCUUUUUUUGUUGUUUUUUUUUUUUUUGGCCCCAUUGAAACAUUUUCUUUUUUAAAAAAAAAAAAAAAAAAUCUUUUAUAGUUUUUAUCAGGUUUGGGGUUGUAUAUUAAAGCCCGGAAAGUUUUUUUUUUUUUUUUUUCGUUUUUCAUUUUUCAUUCCUCUGUCUGAGUGCCGUUGAGACAACGUUGUGUGUUUUUCAACGCGGAGGGCUGUGGGGGAAGCCAGGACGAGUGUUAAAAUGAGUACCUCAAGCACACAAAUCACCUGCGUUAAUGUAGCCGAAUAACUGAUCCGAGUACAGUGAUGAAGGGAAAGCCGCUCCUGCUGGUCACUCAGCACCGACACCCACCACGCCCUCCUCAGCUGACACGCCCCUGCCCUACCUGACCAAUGGAAAAAGUGUCAUUUCAGUCGCGUGUGUUUGAAACCGAUACCCUGUGUUUUGCUGCCGGCCGCCGGGAGCGUUCUUUAGAGUGGAGACCGCCCGGCCUUGCAGAUGUGUGCUGUCUUGUCAGCUGUUCCCCGGACCCGUCUGUUGCUCGUUAUUGCUUCAGUGUCUCCGUCCCGUCACCUUCCCCUCUGUCCGUCAGUUAGCUCUUCACCCACGGUUUAACCAGUGAGGAAAAAGAACAACUCUGGAAGGGAAUCGUCAGUUCCUAUUCAGAGGCCUUUUAUUAUUUGUGCAAAUUUUACAUUUUUGUAAUGAAAAGAGGGUGUGCAAAAAGGGAGAUUCGCCCUUUCUCUCCUUCCUAAAGGGGGCAGGUUGAAAAUGACCUGUCAACUUGUCAAUUACGCUAACUUGGAUUUAAAGCAUCUACGUGAACGAAAAGGUUAAACAA